AUGAAGAAGACGAUGCAAGAACUCAAAGUGAUGAAUAUCCGCCUGAAUUCGGUAAGAAGCAAGUUAAUGAGAGUGCGCUCAAGUUUAGAAACUAGUCUGGAAAUACCGAAUCCGAACCUGAGGUGCAAGCAGUUCUUGCAGCUUCAACUGAAAACCAUUGAGAAUGCCUUUGCUGACUACAAUAAGCUCCACCAGCGUGUCUUCGAAGCGGAUGUUGGUGACGAGGUGCGAGAGGAUGCGGAGGUAGAGUACGUCACAUUUGAGCAGCAGUACGGCGAAUUAUUCAUUUACAUUUCUAAAUUGAUCGAUGAUAAUAUCAAGACAGAGGAAGACGCAACACGAACCGCGGCAGCCGUUCAUCCUUUGCCGAGUAUCUUAAAUACAACAGAAAUCGCGCCUCACCUCCCACCGCUGAAGGUUCCAUUACCCACGUUCGAUGGAACCUAUGAGAAUUGGUUCGCUUUUCGCUCGAUGUUCGAGACGAUUAUGAAGCGAUACAGUACAGAGUCUCCCGUUAUAAAGUUAUAUCACCUUCGGAAUUCGCUAGUGGGUAAAGCAGCCGGUAUUAUUGACCAGGAAAUAAUAAACAAUAAUGACUACGAUAUGGCGUGGAAAAUGUUGAUUGAGCGAUUUGAGGACAAAAGGCUUAUUAUCGAUAAACAUAUCGACGCACUUUUCAACCUCUCGAAAUUAGUAAACGAAAAUGCCACUGAACUUCGAAAGUUCAUAGACACAUGCACGAAAAAUGUUGAUGCUCUGAAAAACCUCGGACUUCCUGUAGAGGGAUUAGGAGAGUGCAUGUUGAUCAAUCGUAUUGCAUCGAAAUUGGAUAUAGAAACCCGAAAGGCAUGGGAAUUAAACCAUGUUGAUGAUACGUUGCCAGGUUACGACGACACUCUUGAAUUUCUGCGAGAGCGAUGUAAGGUGUUGGAGAAGAUUCAACCCGAUUUGAAGCAAACAAUGAAGAGCCAAAGACCUGUGCGCAGUGCACAAGAUGUAAAGGGAAAAACAAGUACGCUAGUCGCUACUUCGAAUAAGUGCCCGCAAUGUUCGGAUGGCCAUGAGUUGUGGAGGUGUGAUACGUUUAAAAAUGUUAACCUUUCUGAGAAAUACAAUCUACUGCGAAGAAUUGGAGCCUGUUUCAAUUGUCUUCAGAAAGGGCACAGAACAAACAAUUGUACAUCGAAACACACGUGCAAGAAAUGUCGGAAAUUUCAUCAUACAAUGCUUCACCCUGAAGAAGAUAGUGCGAAGAAAUCCGAAACCUCACUAACAUCUGCAAUCAAUCCAGAACCACUGAAAGAGAAUUCCGAACAGCCAAUCAAAGGCGGGUCGGUUGUAAAUACAGCAGAAGAAGAGCGACAAUCUAAUUUCUGCACGCGACCGAAGAAUGUCGGAAAGCAGAUUCUUUUAUCCACUGCAGUCGUCCUUGUUCGCGGAAAGGGCGGACAACAGCAUCCCUGUCGAGUGCUACUCGACUCUGGGUCGCAUACGAGCUUUGUAACAGAGCAGUUCGCUACUUUUUUGGCACUGAAAAAAAAAUCCACUAAUGUCAACGUAAGCUGCUUGAAUGAUAUCCAAACCAAGAUUCGUUUCAAAAUUCACACUAAGGUGACGUCGCGUGUUAAUGAUUACACGAUAUGUUUGGAACUACUCGUGGUACCCAAAAUCACUGGAGUUUUGCCAACUAUUAAGGUGAAUGUGACGACAUUGGCCUUCCCGAAUGGCAUCGAUCUCGCUGAUCCCGGUUUCUACAUUCCCGACAAAGGGAACAUGUUGUUGGGUGCAGAUGUAUUUUUUGACAUGCUAAUGGCUGGUCGAAUCCAACUACCAAAUAGUGCUGCUUUACUGCAAGAAACUCAGUUUGGUUGGGUACUGAGUGGUUUAGUGCCGACUGAAGCUUCAGGGGUAGUACAUUCGUUUUGUGCUACUGCGCCCAAUGAAAACCUAGAUGUAUUAGUACGAAGAUUAUGGGAACUCGAGUCUUUUGGAGAUAUCGAAUUGCCAUGUUCAAUCAGCGAGGAAGAAUGUCUGCGACAUUUCGAGACGACACAUGAGCGUACAGCGGAAGGCAGAUACUUGGUACAUUUGCCAUUCAACGACAAGAAGAAACAGCUGGGAGAAUCUAGGAGCAUGGCUGAGAAACGCUUCUUGGGCUUGGAGAGGCGUUUGGACGGAGCUCCGGAAUUAAAGAUGCUAUAUAAAGAAUUUUUGAAAGACUAUGAAGCGCUUGGUCACAUGAUCGAGAAUCCGAAUCCUGAUGAUUUGCAGACAUUCUAUCUACCGCAUCAUUACGUUCUUAAACCCACUAGUACGACUACGAAACUACGUGUGGUUUUCGAUGGAUCUGCUACGUCUGAUACAGGAGUUUCCAUCAAUCAAACACAAAUGAUCGGACCCACCGUACAAAACGAUUUGGUUUCGAUUCUUUUGAAUUUUCGCUCCCAUCGAUUCGCUCUUGUAGCCGACAUUCCCAAAAUGUAUCGGCAAGUCGCUGUAUACCAAGAUGAUUGCAGAUAUCAGAGAAUUCUGUGGCGAGAAAACCGAAACGAGCCACUGAAAACGUACGAUUUGCAAACUGUUACCUACGGAUUAGCUUCAUCCCCGUUUUUAGCGACAAUGUCUCUAUAUCAGUUGACUGAAGAUGAAGGAAUGCAAUAUCCAUUGGCUGCAGGUGCGAUCAAGAAAUCCUUUUACAUGGAUGAUGCAUUGGUAGGGGCCAACACGUUGUUAGAAGCAAUUGAGUUGAAGAAUCAGAUUGUCAGUUUGUUGAAGAAGGGAUGUUUUAACGUACACAAAUUUGCAUCGAAUUCUCAAGAAUUGUUGGCAGAUAUUCCAGAGGCACACUGA